AUGGUUCAACAGAUGGCUUUAGGUCAGCAAGUGAGACCUUAUGGCACAUGUCAGUUGGUGGGGCAUCCUAUUGAUGCAUGUCCCACACUUCAAGAGGAUACCAAUGAGCAUGUAAAUGCAAUGGGGGGAUUCCCAGGGAAACCUAGGCAAAGGGAAAAUGCUAAUGCCAUCACAUUAAGAGAUGGCAAGACUUACGAUCCACCAAUUAUUCCAUCAAGUAUAAAUGAUGCACCAUUACCUCCUACUCAAUCCACCCAACAAGACAAAGAUGAAACCCCAACCACAUCACCCAAACCUAAACCCACUAUUCCCACUUAUGUUACUACUCCUCCAUUUCCUAGUCGUUUGAGAAAGACCAAGAAAUAUGAAGCUGAACAGGAAACACUGGAGCCUUUUUGCAAGGUUGAGGUAAAUAUUCCUUUACUUGAUGCCAUUAACGAUUCUUCAAAGAAACUUCCACCAAAGUGUAAGGAUCCUGGUACCUUCACUAUUCCUUGCACUAUUGGCAAUAAAAGGAUUGAAAGAUGUAUGUUAGAUUUGGGUGCCUCAAUCAAUGUAAUGUCGUACUCUAUUUAUACCUCUUUAAAUUUGGGACCAUUGGAAGAAACGGGGGUGAUCAUACAAUUAGCGGAUUGCUCUACUGCCUAUCCAAGGGGAGUAGUAGAGGAUGUAUUGGUUAAAGUCAAUGAAUUGGUUUUUUCGGCAAACUUUUACAUUCUUGACAUGGAAGACGACUCAAUUCCAUGUUCUACACCAGUAUUAUUGGGAAGGCCAUUCUUAAAGACAGCUAGAACUAAGAUAGAUGUUCAUGAGGGAACUUUGACCAUGGAGUUUGAUGGUGAGGUGAUUCGCUUUAAUAUUUUUGAGGCUAUGCGAAUUCUGGAUUUACAUGGAGAGGAUGGGUUAGAUGUUGUUUUGCGGGAAUCAAUAGACUUGAAGGAAGAUGGUGUCACUACUGAAGUAAAGGAGAAAGUAGCUGCACUUAAUAGUGGUGGAGAGGUUUCUAAAGUGGUGUCGUUCUUAGAGUUGCCUAUUUCUCAUGAACAACUUCAGCCAUCUGUUAAAUCACCACCCAAGCUUGAAUUAAAACCACUACCGGAGCAUCUCAAAUAUGUCUACUUGGGUGAGAAAGAGACAUUACCGGUAAUUAUCACCACAAAACUUACCCAAGUACAAGAGGAUCUUUUGAUAAGGGUACUUCAGGAAUACAAAACAGCCAUAUGGUGGACCAUAGCAGAUAUCAAGGGAAUAAGCCCAACUAUGUGUAUGCACCAUAUUCUCCUUGAAGGUGGAUCCAAGCCUUCUUGA